UCCACUUCCGGCGUAUGAGGCGGUGACAAUGGGAGCGGGGCGGGCGGCGCCGGGAGGCAGCUGACAGGCGUCUGCGGCUUCGCUUCAUGGCCGCUCUCCCGCCCCGCCUGGGCUCUGAGGAGUGUGGGGGAGCCAGCGGCGGUCCGAAGCCGGAGCUGGCAAACAGGGAGGGGGCCUGUGCGCGGCGCCGCUGAGGCGCAGCAUGUGAAGAAGAGACGGCAUCUAGUGCAGGGCGAGCCUCUCAGCCGGCCGGGAUGGCUACAACGGCCGAGCUCUUCGAGGAGCCGUUUGUGGCGGAUGAAUAUAUUGAACGUCUUGUAUGGAGAACCCCUGGAGGAGGCUCUAGAGGGGGAGCUGAAGCGUUUGAUCCCAAAAGAUUAUUAGAAGAAUUUGUAAAUCAUAUUCAAGAACUCCAAAUAAUGGAUGAAAGGAUCCAAAGGAAAGUAGAGAAAUUAGAACAACAGUGUCAGAAAGAAGCCAAGGAAUUUGCCAAGAAGGUACAAGAGCUCCAGAAAAGCAAUCAGGUGGCCUUCCAGCAUUUCCAAGAACUAGAUGAGCACAUUAGCUAUGUAGCUACCAAGGUCUGUCACCUUGGAGAUCAGUUGGAGGGGGUAAACACACCCAGACAACGGGCAGUGGAGGCUCAGAAACUGAUGAAAUACUUUAAUGAGUUUCUAGAUGGAGAAUUGAAAUCUGAUGUUUUUACAAAUUCUGAAAAGAUAAAGGAGGCAGCAGACAUCAUUCAGAAGUUGCACUUAAUUGCCCAGGAGUUACCUUUUGAUAGAUUUUCGGAAGUAAAAUCCAAAAUUGCAAGUAAAUACCAUGAUUUGGAAUGCCAGCUCAUUCAGGAGUUCACCAGUGCUCAAAGGAGAGCUGAGAUCUCCAGAAUGCGAGAAGUAGCCGCAGUUCUGCUUCAUUUUAAGGGUUAUUCCCAUUGUGUUGAUGUUUAUAUAAAGCAGUGCCAGGAGGGUGCUUACUUGAGAAAUGAUAUCUUUGAAGAUGCAGCAAUACUCUGCCAACGGGUAAACAAACAAGUUGGAGAUAUUUUUAGUAAUCCAGAAACAGUACUGGCGAAACUCAUUCAAAAUGUAUUUGAAAUCAAAUUACAGAGUUUUGUGAAAGACCAGUUAGAAGAAUGUAGAAAGUUCGAUGCAGAGCAAUAUCUCAAAAAUCUCUAUGAUCUGUAUACAAGAACCACCAAUCUUUCCAGCAAGUUGAUGGAAUUUAACUUAGGUACUGAUAAACAGACUUUCUUGUCUAAGCUUAUCAAAUCCAUUUUCAUUUCCUAUUUGGAGAACUAUAUUGAGGUGGAGACUGGUUAUUUGAAAAGCAGAAGUGCAAUGAUCCUACAGCGCUAUUAUGAUUCAAAAAACCAUCAAAAGAGAUCUAUUGGCACAGGAGGUAUUCAAGAUUUGAAAGAAAGAAUUCGGCAGCGUACCAACUUACCACUGGGGCCAAGUAUUGAUACUCACGGGGAAACUUUUCUGUCCCAAGAAGUGGUGGUUAAUCUUUUACAAGAAACUAAACAAGCCUUUGAAAGAUGUCAUAGGCUCUCUGAUCCUUCUGAUUUACCAAGGAAUGCCUUUAGAAUUUUUACCAUUCUUGUGGAGUUUUUAUGUAUUGAACAUAUUGAUUAUGCUUUGGAAACAGGACUUGCUGGAAUUCCUUCUGCAGAUUCUAAGAAUGCAAAUCUGUAUUUUUUGGAUGUUGUGCAACAGGCCAAUACUAUUUUUCAUCUUUUUGACAAGCAAUUUAAUGAUCACCUUAUGCCACUAAUAAGCUCUUCUCCUAAGUUAUCUGAAUGCCUUCAGAAGAAAAAAGAAAUAAUUGAACAAAUGGAGAUGAAAUUGGAUACUGGCAUUGAUAGAACAUUAAAUUGUAUGAUUGGACAGAUGAAGCAUAUCUUGGCUGCAGAGCAAAAGAAAACAGACUUUAAACCAGAAGAUGAAAACAAUGUUUUGAUUCAGUAUACUAAUGCCUGUGUUAAAGUUUGUGCUUAUGUAAGAAAACAAGUGGAAAAGAUUAAAAAUUCCAUGGAUGGAAAGAAUGUGGAUACAGUUUUGAUGGAACUUGGAGUACGUUUUCAUCGGCUUAUUUAUGAGCAUCUUCAACAAUAUUCCUACAGCUGUAUGGGUGGCAUGUUGGCCAUUUGUGAUGUAGCUGAAUACAGGAAGUGUGCCAAAGACUUCAAGAUUCCACUGGUAUUACAGCUUUUUGAUACUCUGCAUGCACUUUGCAAUCUUCUGGUAGUUGCCCCAGAUAAUUUAAAGCAGGUCUGCUCAGGAGAACAGCUUGCUAAUCUGGACAAGAACAUACUUCACUCCUUCGUACAACUUCGUGCUGACUAUAGAUCUGCCCGCCUGGCUCGACAUUUCAGCUGAGAUUGAAUUUACAAGGGAA